GUCGCCGAGUGCCUGAGCAGAGGAGCAGUUGCCGUGGUACCUGCUGCUGCUGCUGCUGCUGCCGCCGCCGCUGCUGCCGCCGGUGCGGACACAGAGCUUCGGACGCGAGCGCUGGUGCGUGGGGCAGGAAGGUGAAGCCAUGACGUCCGUCAGUGAAAAUAUUCUCUUUGGGAUGGGAAAUCCUCUUCUUGACAUCACUGCUGUAGUGGAUAAGGAUUUCCUUGAUAAGUAUUCUCUUAAACCAAAUGACCAAAUCUUGGCUGAAGACAAACACAAGGAAUUGUUUGAUGAACUUGUAAAAAAAUUCAAAGUCGAAUAUCAUGCUGGUGGUUCUACCCAGAAUUCUAUUAAAGUGGCACAGUGGAUGAUUGAGCAGCCACACAAAGCAGCAACAUUUUUUGGAUGCAUUGGGAUAGAUAGAUUUGGAGAGAUCUUGAAGAAGAAAGCUGCUGAAGCCCAUGUGGAUGCUCAUUACUAUGAGCAAAAUGAGCAAACAACAGGAACUUGUGCUGUGUGCAUCACUGGUGACAACAGGUCCCUUGUAGCUAAUCUUGCUGCUGCCAAUUGUUAUAAAAAGGAAAAACAUCUUGAUAUGGAGAAAAACUGGACAUUGGUACAAAAAGCAAGAGUUUAUUAUAUAGCAGGCUUUUUUCUUACAGUUUCCCCAGAGUCGGUAUUAAAAGUGGCUAACCACGCUUCUGAAAACAACAGAAUUUUUACUUUGAAUCUGUCUGCACCAUUUAUUAGUCAGUUCUACAAGGAAUCAUUGAUGAAAGUUAUGCCUUACGUUGACAUACUUUUUGGAAAUGAGACGGAAGCUGCCACUUUUGCUAGAGAGCAAGGCUUUGAGACUGAAGACAUUAAAGAAAUAGCCAAAAAGACACAAGCUCUGCCAAAGGUGAAUCCGAAGAGGCAGCGAAUUGUGAUUUUCACCCAAGGAAGAGAGGAUACUAUAAUGGCUACAGAAAAUGAAGUCACCGCGUUUGCUGUCUUGGAUCAAAACCAGGAAGAAAUUGUUGAUACCAAUGGAGCUGGAGAUGCAUUUGUAGGAGGUUUUCUGUCUCAGCUGGUCUCUGACAAGCCCCUGACUGAAUGCAUCCGUGCUGGUCACUACGCAGCAAGCGUCAUAAUUAGGCGGACUGGCUGCACUUUUCCUGAGAAGCCAGAUUUCCACUGAUAGAAAUGCAGGAAAUCCAAGCCCAGUGGAACAGAUACUGCCCUGAUUGCUUCCUGAGAAUUCCCAUAUUAAUAAAGAAGAAAAUUAUCUGCCAUCUUUUCCUACUAUAAUAAUAUUCAUUCUUAAUUUGGAGGGUACAGUAAUUCUCAGUAGAAUCUUUAUUCUCUCAACAACCUAAAAAAAUAAUGUCUAUUUCCAUAGUUUGAUAGUGCCACUUAAAUGUUGAUUAAACAGGAAUAUAACAUUUCAAUGGAAAUUUUUAUUUCAUUUUCAAUUACUUUGUAAAUUCAUGUGUAUUUAGCAAAUUGAUCAGUUUUUUUACAUUUCUGCUUUGAAUGCAGAUGUGAUUUAAUAUAAUAGAUUUUUAAACAGGACUUAAUUCUAAAACAUCAAUCUUCAGCUUUUUAUACGAGUAUACUUAAUUUAGGAGUAUGUGUAUGUAUAUAUGUAUGUGUGUAUGUGCAUACAUACAUAUAUGUGUACCACAUAUAUAAAUGAUAAGUGGUCAAAUAAGGUACAGAAGAAUUUAUCUUGCCAAGUUAUACCAAAUAACCUCUUUAGUGCAUACUCAAACAUGUAAUAAACUUUGGAUAAUUAAAUAAUUUGCCAAAUUAUAAGUUAUAGUAUUCAAAUUAUAAUCUUAUAUUUACCUAUGGUACUCUGUAAUUUGAUACAAAUAAAAACUUGUCAUAUAGGAA